GUAUGCUUGCUAUCUCCACGAUCUUUUUGCUGUUCAGUGUGGCGAGCUCGUCGGGAUUACAUUGACUGCUGUCACCUUUUGUAGUUGAAGGGUCUUUUCGUACACGGCUUCACACACCAUGGCGUUAAACCUGAUCAUCAACUCAAGCAACCCGCCUUUAGGAGCCCUCCUGACCGCCGAGCAUGUGAAAGGAAGCGUGCAGCUGUCGGUGGAGGAUGGCAAGGAUACUCGCCUCUACGUCUCCGAUGCCGUCCAGUUCAAUGACGCAAACUCCAUCAGCCGAUAUUUAGCGCGGGUGGCGCCAGCUCUCGGCCUUUAUGGCGCCAACUUGAUGGAACAGACCGAGGUGGAUCACUGGCUGGAAUUCAGCACCUGCCGUCUUUGCGGCCAGCCCGAUCUGAGCGCCUCUCUGGCCGAGCUGAACAAGGCGCUGUCGCUGAGAACCUUCCUUGUGGGCCACGCCCUCACGCUGGCUGACCUGUUUGUGUGGGCCGCCCUCAAAGGUCACAGCGACUGGCCCAACAAGGACAAAGCCUUCGGCCACGUCAGUCGUUGGUUCUCCUUCUUGAGUUCUCAGGUUCCUUUCACUGCCUUGGACAACAAAUACACCAGCAAGAAAGCUCCACCUGCCAAGUCCAAUCCGGAGGCGAAGGAGAAGAAGGCCGACCUCGGAAAGUUUGUGGACUUGCCCGGAGCCGAGAUGGGCAAGGUGGUUGUUCGAUUCCCACCCGAAGCCAGCGGGUAUCUGCACAUCGGCCAUGCCAAGGCCGCUUUGCUCAACCAGCAUUACCAGGUGACCUUUAAAGGCCAGCUUAUCAUGCGCUUUGACGACACCAACCCAGAGAAGGAGAAGGAGGACUUUGAGAAGGUGAUCUUGGAGGACGUGGCCAUGCUGCAGAUCCGACCGGACCAGUUCACCUACACCAGCGACCACUUCGACGUCAUCAUGCAGCUGGCUGAGCAGCUGAUGGCCGAGGGCAAGGCCUACAUCGACGAUACCCCGCCUGAAGCAAUGAAGCAGGAGCGGGAGCAGCGUAUCGAGUCCAAGUGCAGGAAUAACACUUUGGAGCAGAACAUGAAGCUGUGGGCUGAGAUGAAAGCCGGCACCGAGCGUGGUCAGAUGUGCUGCAUGAGGGCCAAGAUGGACAUGAACUCCAACAACGGCUGCUUGCGGGACCCCACCGUGUACCGCUGCAAGAACACCCCCCACCCUCACACGGGAACCACCUACAAGGUCUACCCAACGUACGACUUUGCCUGCCCCAUCGUGGACAGCAGAGAGAACGUGACGCACGCGCUGAGGACCACCGAAUACCACGACCGUGACGAGCAAUACUAUUGGUUCAUCGACGCGCUGCGCCUCAGGAAGCCGUACAUCUGGGAGUAUUCCCGCCUCAACCUUAACAACACGUUGCUGUCCAAGCGCAAGCUCACGUGGUUCGUGGACGAGGGAUACGUCGACGGAUGGGACGACCCUCGCUUCCCCACUGUCAGGGGGGUCCUGAGGAGAGGCAUGACCGUGGAGGGCCUCAAACAAUUCAUAGCAGCACAGGGUGGAUCGAGGACCGUGGUGAACAUGGAGUGGGACAAGAUCUGGGCCUUUAAUAAAAAGGUGAUAGACCCAGUCGCGCCCAGAUACACGGCUCUCUCCAGCUCGUACGUGGUUCCGGUUUCUGUUCCGGAGGCUACGGAGGAGAUGAAAGAAGUGGCCAGACAUCCAAAGAACGCCGAGGUGGGCGUGAAACAGGUAUGGUACGGACCCCGAGUGUUGGUGGAAGGAGCAGAUGCCGAGACGUUCACGGAAGGCGAGGUGGUCACCUUCAUUAACUGGGGCAACCUCAUCAUCACCAAGAUCAACAAAGGGGCCGACGGUAAGAUCGUGUCCAUGGAGGCGCGCCUGGACCUGGACAACAAGGACUUCAAGAAGACGACCAAGAUCACCUGGCUGACGGAGAGCGCCAAUGCCCCCCUCCUGCCCACCAUCUGCGUCAAUUACCAGCCCCUCAUCACCAAAGCGGUCAUCACCAAGGACGACAACUUCAAGGACUACAUCAACAAAGACAGCAAGAUGGAGGAGAAGAUGCUGGGUGACCCCUGUAUGAAGUCUCUGAAGAAAGGGGACAUCAUUCAGCUCCAGAGACGGGGAUUUUAUAUCUGUGACCAGCCCUAUGAACCCAUCAGUCCUAACAGCUGUAAGGAGAGUCCAUGUAUCCUCAUCUACAUUCCUGAUGGCCAUGUCAAGGAGAUGCCCACUGCCGGGUCCAAAGACAAAGACAAGGGCAAGAGCCAAGCAGCCAGCAACGCACAGGGCCCCGCUGCCGCCAAAGCUUCCCCAGCUACAUCUUCGGUCGCUACAUCUGCACCCACCUCUUCCUCCUCCUCAGCUUCGGAGAUCUUCUCAAGCAUCGUCGCUCAGGGAGAUACUGUCCGCCAGCUGAAGACGGCCAAAGCACCCAAAGAGGAAGUGGACAAGGCCGUGAAGCAGCUUCUCACUUUGAAGGCUCAGUUUAAGGAACAGACUGGAUUGGACUACAAGCCGGGUAUGUCCCCCCCUGCUUCCGCCCCAGCUCCAGUUACCCCAUCAGGAGACUCCGCUUCCUGCCCGUAUACGCGCGUCUCUCAGCAGGGCGAGCUUGUCAGGAAGCUCAAAGCAGAGCAGGCGCCAAAGGACCAGAUCGACGCGGCGGUCAAGCAGCUCCUGGCGCUCAAGGCCGAGUUUAAAAAAUUGACGGGUCAGGAUUACAAACCCGGGAUGGCCCCGGCGACUGCCUCCACUGCCACUUCGUCUGCCGUGACCUCUUCUUCUUCCUCCUCCUCCUCCUCCUCCCGCUCUUCCUCCUCCUCUUCUUCUUCUACGUCAUCCGGCUUGUACGAGCGCGUCGCGCAGCAGGGAGAGCUUGUGCGCAAACUCAAGUCGCAAAAAGCACCCAAGGACCAAGUGGAGAAUGCAGUCAAGCAGCUGCUCGCCCUGAAAGCCGAGUACAAGCAGGUCACGGGCGAGGAAUACAAACCUGGGAAAGCCCCAGCUCCCGUUCAGAACGACUCCGCGUCGGCCGCUGACAUCUUUGAGAAGGUGGCUCGGCAGGGAGAGUUGGUCCGGACACUAAAGGCCGAAAAGGCCCCCAAGGAUCGGGUGGACGAAGCCGUGAAGAGCUUGCUGGACCUAAAGAGCAAAUACAAGACGCUGACCGGGCAGGAGUACAAACCGGUGGCGGCAGCCGGUGGUGAGGACAAGAACCGUAAGGAGAGGGACAACAAGUCUGAGAAACAGGGAGGAGCUGGCACAGCGGGAGGAGCUGGCGGAGGAGCCAAAAAGGGGAAAGGAGACAAAGCAAGUCAGGGGAAGGAUACCGCAGGUGGAGCUGGAGGAGCCGGAGACGGGCAAGGACCCAAAAAGCAAACGCGCUUGGGCCUAGAAGCUAAGAAAGAGGAGAACUUGGCAGACUGGUACUCUCAGGUGAUCACCAAGGCGGAGAUGAUCGAAUACUACGACGUGAGCGGCUGCUACGUGCUGCGCCCGUGGUCCUUCGCCAUCUGGGAGGCCAUUAAGGAGUUCUUCGACCGCGAGAUCAAGAAGCUGGGCGUGGAGAACUGCUACUUCCCCAUGUUCGUCUCGCAGGCCGCCCUGGAGAAGGAGAAGUCGCACAUUGCUGACUUUGCUCCAGAGGUUGCCUGGGUGACGCGCUCAGGGAAGACAGAGCUGGCAGAGCCCAUUGCUGUCAGACCCACCAGCGAGACAGUGAUGUACCCAGCCUACGCCAAAUGGGUCCAGUCCCAUAGAGAUCUUCCAAUCAAGCUCAACCAGUGGUGCAACGUCGUGAGAUGGGAGUUCAAACACCCCCAGCCCUUCCUGAGGACUCGUGAGUUCUUGUGGCAGGAGGGACACACGGCCUUUGCUACCAAAGAAGAGGCUGCUAAGGAGGUAAUUCAGAUCCUGGACCUGUACGCCAGAGUGUACGAGGAGCUGAUGGCCAUCCCAGUGGUAAAAGGCAGGAAGACUGAGAAGGAGAAGUUUGCCGGAGGCGAUUACACCACCACCGUGGAGGCCUUCAUCUCCGCCAGUGGCCGCGCCAUCCAGGGUGCCACAUCCCACCAUCUCGGUCAGAACUUCUCCAAGAUGUUCGAGAUUGUGUUCGAAGACCCGAAGAAGCCCGGCGAGAAGCAAUAUGCCUUCCAGAACUCCUGGGGUCUUACCACCAGGACCAUCGGUGUCCUCACCAUGGUGCACGGAGACAACAGGGGACUGGUGCUGCCACCCAGAGUUGCCUGCCUUCAGGUUGUCAUCAUUCCAUGCGGGAUCACCGCCUCGCUGGCGGAGCAGGAAAAAGACGCGCUGAUAAACCAGUGCGACGUUUACCUCAACAGGCUGCUAGCCGCUAACAUCAGAGUGAAAUCUGACAUUCGUGACAACUACUCACCAGGAUGGAAGUUCAACCACUGGGAGCUCAAGGGGGUCCCCAUCCGCCUGGAGGUGGGCCCGAAGGACAUGCAGCAGCGCCAGUGUGUCGCCGUGAGGAGAGACACCGGCGAGAAGGUGACCAUCCCCGAGGCUGAGGUGGAGAAGAAACUGGCCGCCAUGUUGGAGGACAUUCAGAGCUGCCUGUUCAAUAAAGCGUCAAAUGACCUGAAGACUCACCUGGUGGCUGCAGACACGAUGGAACAAUUCCAGAAGGAGCUGGACUCUGGCAAGAUCGUCCAGAUUCCGUUCUGUGGUGGCAUGGACUGCGAGGACUGGAUCAAGAAAACCACUGCUAAGGAUCAGGACCUGGAGCCAGGAGCGCCAUCUAUGGGUGCCAAGAGUCUGUGCAUCCCCUUCUCACCGCUCAAGACGCUGCAGCCCGGUCAGCUGUGCGUCUGCGGCAAGGCGCCAGCUCAGUACUACACAAUGUUUGGACGUAGCUAUUGAGGAUGCCAUUAUGGUAGCAGUAAAGGGCUUUUUAUUCCCAUCCUUUCAUCUACUUCUUUUUUUUGUAUUGUAUCUCCUGUGGGUUGGCACUUGCAUUCUAUCAUUUAAGUUUUUUUAAUGAAAGGAAAAAUUGUUAUCAUUAGAUGAGAGGGUAAGAAAAAACAUUUAAACUAAAUCAUGCGGGGGAAACAUUUUUCUUCCAAUAGAAAAAGCAAAUAAUGAAUAAAUACUGUCGUAUUCAACACUGGUAACCAAACAGUCAUCUCAUAAUCUUCCUAGGAAUUAAUGGCCGCCUUUCUGAGGUAUUGUCAAUUUGGGGUUAGGAUCUUUUUUUUUCCAUCCAGCUUGUUCGCUUCAGUGUCUGCUUGCUAUUUUUAGUAUAAAAAAAAUUGCAUUUUGCCAUCUGCAGCCGUCCAAUCAUGAUGUACAGUUGGAUGGUCACAUUUUCUUCUCUCGGUUCACAAUGCACACAACUUGUUCAGAUAAACUUAUUUCUGUGGCAA